AUGAAUGGGCCGGCAUACUUGGUCGUGCGGGUGCUACAUCAAAGCAGUCGAGGAAUUGAAGGAUGUGGCACCAGGCACUUAAAUCUCAAUAUUGGUACAAAACCAUCGCAAAUAAAAGCUCAAAAUCCAGCACGGCUGGACAGCAAGACGUGGCCUCCAUUGAAAGUGGUCACACCAAGGCCUCCCAAGAGCCCACUUCGCUUUGUGGUGCCCAGCAGCUUGGUGAAACUUGGCCGACGACUGCGCUUUAUCGGUUUUGAUACUGCCCUUGUGGACAGUAUCUCAGAGGCAUCGGUCACGGCGGAGUCUGAGAAGCGAAAGAUGAUUUUAUUGGAAGGCUCCCGAACGGGAGCGCUCGGCACUGUUUGCACAGUGCCUCGAAGCUCGUUGGAGAUCCAGCUGCAGCACAUCUUGGAUCACUUUGGUAUUUUGCUGGAUCCUGCUUUGAUGGCUUCACGCUGUGCAGAGUGCAACGCUGACAAGUUCCGACUAGCAAGCGCUUGGGAAGCUGCAAGUGAGUUGCAUGCGAGCACAGUGGAGCGCUAUUCAGAGUUCUGGCGCUGCUGCAACUGCCGCAAACUAUAUUGGGAGGGCGGUGCUUGGUGCCGUUCGAUGCGCGCCCUAGGUUCCACGCCCUUGGGGCCUGACACUGGAAAAAGAGCGGACGGCAUGCCAUUUGCAAAAUGGAUAAACUGCCAGGUACAACAGAAUUUCAAAGGUUUUGUUUUGGUUGAGCUGCGUUUGCGAUUUUGCAAUCCUCGUAUUCAAGAGGACCCAAGUCAACAUGUUUGCAAGGUGCUGCCUGCCUUUUUGCAGGUUGAUGUGAAGCCAAUUCCAUUUCAAGAGGACUUGGAAGAUUUGGAGGCACAACCUGCAAGCCCUGAGCCACCUCCUUUGGCGCCGAUGUCAUCCCAUUUUGCUGAGGAUCCCUCGCUGCCUCAAGAUGAUGCAACUGCAGAUCUAGAGAAGGAAGUGCCAGAGACGCAGGAACGUAUGCUUCCCGGCCACACCGAUGACACGGGCGAUGCCGAGCAACGCCAUUUGUUAGCAAAGACCUCACCAGCCUCCAAGAAGAGUUCUGGCGGGGCAGGGAAGCCACCUCCACCAAAACCAGAGGACCCAGGCUUGCCUCCCUUGGUGCCGAAGGAACUCACUGAAGAGACGAAGCAGGCAGUGAAUGCCAUUGAUGCUUUGUUGAACCGCAAGAAGCGACCUUUGAGGCAGUCCUUGGAGGAAGCUCUUGACACGCGGCACAGUCUGGUGGCUGCUGACACCAAUGAUGAAGGGAAGCUUUCAUCCUUUGGUCAGAAAGCUGAUGAAGGGCCGCGGUCCUUUGGGCAGGUUUUGGCUCAGGCUUGGACGGGUAAUGCAGGUCGAUCGCCAUCUCCAACAGCACACGUGCUACCUUGGCCUUCCCACGAGGUGUCACACCGGGAGGUGCCAGGCUUGGGCACUCUUGGCAAAGCCUUGGCUGCUCGAGUUCGGGGACUACUGUUGCAUCUAGAGCGGACAGUGGCAAUUGAUCCAGACAUUUCGGCAGCAGACCUUCUGCAGCAGCAAGAUGUGAUCACAGAGGCUGACAAGAUUGAAGCCAACUUGGAGGCUUCUGGGCUUGGGAAGUUCCCGCCACCGCUGAUGGUGGCGGGUAGUGUAGAGCCCUUGCCACUUUCAACCACUGCAAUCUCCUCCGAUGAGGACUGCAAAGUUGAGCUUUUGCCAGCUGGUGCAUAG